UUAAACUUAACUAGUGUUCAUCAGGACGCUAAACGAAGCACGCGAGAUGUAGAGCUAUAGAAAUAAUAUAUUUUUUAUGUAUCAAAAUUGAGCUUUGGAAAGAAAGGAACCAUGGAAAAAGGAAAUGAUGUGUUAUCGGAUAUUUUGGAGAGAUUUGGGAAAUAUCAAAUAAUUCAGUAUAUUUUAGUGUGCCUGCCUAUUAUUUUUGUUUCUAUGAAUAGUGUGAAUUAUGUCUUCAUUGCUGGUGAUGUUGGGUACAGGUGCUACAUCCCAGAAUGCGAGACCCCAGAUCCGUCAUAUUCAGUUGCUUGGUGGCCGAAAACAGUUUCUGAUAAAUGUUCAAAGCCGAUACUAAACAAAACUCUUUUGGAAGACAGUGUAUGCACGAACAGCAGUUUUACAGCAGAGGUGGAAAGAUGCACACAUUGGGUUUAUGAAAGUAACAAUACGAUUAUAGGGGAGUUCGGCAUGGCCUGUGAACCAUGGAAAACGAAUAUUAUUGGCAUGAUACGAAAUAUCGGUAUGGCCACGUCUAUGCUCAUAGUGGGAUGGGUUGCAGAUAAGAUUGGCCGCAAACCUACAUUCAUAGUGUGCUCGGUUGGCGUUUUAUUAGGAAACUUCAAGACAAUCGCCACUUCAUACAAUGUGUACAUCACUUUAGAAUUCCUGGAAUCUCUCGUGUCUGGUGGAGCAUACACUGCUGGAAUGGUUUUAAUGAUUGAAAUUGGUGGAAAGAAAAAUAGGGUACUUGCUGGAGUUUUAUUCGCGUAUGCAAUUUAUAUGGGUGAAGCCGUUUUUGCAUGUAUUGCUAUGUUAGUACCCUAUUGGAAACACUUACUAUACAUAAUGUGUUGUCCAUCUUUAAUAUUCCUUUCAUACUUCUUCAUAAUCCAAGAGAGCCCGAGGUGGCAAAUUUUAAAUAAGAGGACUGAAAACGCGAAGAAUACUCUAAAACUCAUAGCCAAAACGAACAAAUUAGACGUAAAUUUAGCCGUUGUAGAUAAUUUAAGUGAAGAUCAGUUAAAGAGAACAUGCAGUGACGAAACCAAAAGCAAAAGGGAAGGUUACAAAGAUGUAUUCAAAUCUAGAGAAAUGAUUAAACGAAUAUUUGUCGCAUCUAUCUGUAGGUUUGCAGUUAGUUUCAUAUACUAUGGUCUGAUUGUGAAUUCUGUCUGGUUGCCGGGAAACAAAUAUACUAACUUUAUGUUAGCGGCUGUAAUGUCGUUUCCAGGAGAACUGAUUUCUAUGUAUUUUAUGAACAAAUAUGGGAGGAAGGUGCCUUUAUGUUUGGGAUAUUUGUUAUGUGCUGCUGCAUGUAUAGCGAGUGGAUAUGUUUCUGAUCAUUACACAGAGAUUAAAAUUACUCUCUUCCUGAUUGGAAAACUUGUGGUGGCCGCCUGUUACACCGGCAUUGUUACUUACACUAUGGAGCUAUUUCCGACCAGUGUGAGAGGCUCCCUACUUGGGUUCUGUACGUUGGCGUCUUGCGCUGGUACUACCUUAGCUCCAUUGUCAUCUAUAUUGACAAGAAUAUCACCAGCGCUAACUUCAGUAUGCUUCGGCUGUUCAGCUGUCAUAUCAAGUUUACUUUUAAUUCUUACCCCGGAGACCAAAGAUCUACCUCUUAUGGACACAAUAGGACAAGUUCAAGACUAUGUUAAAGCUGCCAAAGAAAAGAAAGCAUUGAAAAAAGAAAAGAAUGACACAAAUAAUGCAUUGGAUGUAGAAUAUACAACGCGUUUUUAGUUUAUAAUAAUUUAUCUAGAUUUUAAUACUUCAAUAAGAUAAGGUUUUUUUUAUAAUGAAAUAUUUUAAUUAAACAUUUAUAAGUUUGUGU